AUGGCCACCAUCCUGUCGCGCGACCCCUCCUUUGACAUGAGCCGCCUCCUGGCCGGGGUCAAGAAGGACGCACCCCUGGUUGUCAAGGCGUACCUGACGCACGACCUGGCCACCCUGGGGCAGCACUGCGGCCCAGAGCUCAUGGAGCGGUUCGCCGGCAUCUUUAGGCACUUCCAGGCAGAGGGCCUGGUGGAGGACCCCACCAUCCUGUUUGUGGGGGAGGUGGAGCUGGUGGAGCUCAAGGCCAUCGACGACGAGCCCCUGGUGGUGGUGCAGUUCAACUGCCAGCAGAUCAAGUGCAUCCGCGACAAGUUUGGGAACGUCAUGGACGGCUCCCCCAACUCCAUCCAGAAGGUGUUCUACUUCUGGGGGUUGCAGCAGGAGGCCCAGGGCACGGUGCUGCCCGACGGCCGCGUGCUGCCGCCGCGCUGGGUCAUCAAAGACAUGAUGGUGGCUGCCGGCCGGCUGUGA